UUCAAUUAUAUUAUAUUUGCAGGUGAUAGGACUCCAGGCUGACCUACAGCAGAGUCUGGUGACCAGCCUCCAGCUCGGUCUCACCAACCUCGGUGUUGACCCGGUAUUCAGCCUUUGCUGUGAUUUUAUUCAGGUUCUGGGGGGCUACAUGGUUCGAAACCAUAUCCGUGAACCCCCGAUCUAUGAGCAGAUGCGGUGCUUCCUUAAACUCUACUUAGAUCUCAUCCUAAACCAUCAGAUUAACAGUGAUCUCAUACCGAACAGUUCUGCCACUCUUUACGUUUUAAUCUGCCUGUACCAGGAUACUUAUCAACAGCUGGUGGAGCUCUUGGUUCAAUCACAGGAAGAAGGGAACAAGCAGAGGUUACUCGAAGCUUUCACCGCCCUUACUGCAAAUACUCCGCUCACGGCGGAGCGGUUACAUAGGAUCAAGUUCAGGGAUACUUUCGACAAAUUUAUUGUCAAUGUUCGUGGAUUCCUGUUUGUAAAAUGAACGUUAAAAGAACAUUUUUUAACUCGCUUCUUAUUUCAGAUUAAAUAUGGUAUAAACAACUGUUAUUGUCCUCUUUAACAGGAUUAUGUGAACUUAUUUAAACUGUACUGUGUGAUAAUAAGUACAUAACUACAAAAAUAGAAAGAAUGUACUCUGUGAUUGUAAGUACAGAAUGUUAAAGUAACUUGUGAAACAUGUUAUUAACAGAAAAAGUUUCGUAAUUUUUAGUACAUAAUGUUUAAACUUGAAUCCUACAUAACUCCUCUAAUCCUGAGCCGGGUGGAGAAGUAUGUGAAGAAUGUACGAAGUGAGGAUUCCCAAGUUUCUCUGUGGGGCGGAGACGCGUCCCUAACCAACCUAGAUCUCAAGCUUGAUGUCCUGGAGGAGGAACUAAAACUUCCCUUUAAACUUGUUUCAGGUCAUAUUCACGAGUUACAGAUCCAUGUCCCGUGGACUCGACUUCAAUCUGAACCUAUCGUUCUCACAAUUAACACGAUUGAAUGCGUCCUGAGGCUCCCGACCGGGAAAACAGGUUCAGUGAGCGGAGAGAGUGGAGUGAGCCAAGAGUCGAGUCGUAAACCAAAGCGGAAUAAGAUUGAAGAAGCGGCUCCGGGAUAUAUUCAGAAUCUAGUCAAUAAAAUAAUUUCAAAUGUUCAGGUAGUUUGUAACAACCUGAUCCUGAAAUAUGUCGAGGACGACCUGGUUCUCAGCAUCAAUGUUCGCCACGCUUCCCUCGUCUCCUCCGAUAUGAACUGGGAGACUGCGUUCACGGAGCUUACUCCUGCAGAUCUUGUGAUGAGGAAACUACUCUCCGUCUCAGAUCUAACUGUCUGCCUGGAUAAAAGAGGAGCCAUGGGCAAAAUUGAAUCCUAUGAGGAUCCAUUACUUUAUCGUUGCUCCCUCACUGCUCGUCUCUCCUGGUGCUUCCAAACCAUUCACUCAAAAUCCCCCUUUAGAACCCUUUUCCACUUUAUGAUGCAGAAAAUGGAUUUCUCUGUAACAAGCCGACAGAUGGCUCUUCUGCACCGCCUCCUCACACUCUUCCUGGACUUUAUAAGGGGAGAUAUGAGGCAUGAACCUGGAGAAGGUUUAGAGAUAUCUAAUCCUUUGCAGUCUAGUCCUGAUCAUGCAACAGAAGAGUCAGAAGACAAUUUAACUCUAGGAGGUUUACUUUGGACUGUUGGAUCAACUGUAGGUUCUGCUCUUCUCCCCAUUCAAUGGGAGGAUGAGGAUGAAGAGGAUGAGUUCCAUCUCACCCCUGCUCAGCUUAAGGAGCUAUCUACAAGUGUAGUUUUUAAUUUUAAGGAAAUUGAUUUAACCUUAAAAUCGAGCAAGAGUGUAAAGAGUAAGGGUGGGUAUGGAGGAGUUCGCCAUGUUUACACUCCGUUCCUAUCCCUCUCCCUGCAGGGAGUUUAUCUAAACCUCUCCAGUCUUGGACAAAACUGGGUCAAUGUCCAGGGCGGAGUAAGUCAAUUUGUUUUAUCUCCUGCCGGAGAUCCGUCCUCUCUACACUCCUUCAUUCUUGCAGGAUACGUCGGGGAGAAAUAUCUCAAAGAUUCUCUGUUUGAACCUCGCAGCCCAGGCGAAGAAACAAAAAACCAUGCGGAGUUAAACUACAGAGACAAUAAGAGUAGUGACCAGCAUAUGGACAAUGUAAAUGAAACGGAAUUACUAGAGAAAACGCCUGCUCUGGGUUUAGAUUAUAUCUAUAGUAUUGAGUACCCUGAGGAUGCAACAAGUGAGGAUAUAGCGCUACUCUCCUCCAACCUUGAGUACAGUAACCUACCUGAGAGGGCGAUAUGCCGGCUUGUAGUUGGUCCAACAAAUAUACAUGUAGACGCGGACCUGGUGAAACGAAUUAAUAUUCUCCGAAGAAUGAUUCUUGAGUUUGAUUCUCCUGCUCCUGAGGUUCAGGACGAUGUUCCAACAAAGCUUGAGAUUCCAACCAAGGAGGAUAUUGAUAGUUUAGAGAACAAUAAUCCUAUCCGGGUAUAUCAGAUCACUAUCCUGCAUCCUGUUCUAACUUUUCACUGUGGUGAUAGGAAAAUGGAAACUGGGGUUCGGUGUCUAGAUCUAACACUUCAUACUCCUAUGUACCCGCUCAGAAACGUCAAGGUUGGAUCUAUGAUGCAUCCACCUAGUAGAAUAAUAUUAAACAAUUCCCACAACUCUGUAUCUGGAACUCUGGUUGAGUACUGGAGUAGGAUCGUGUAUAAGGAUCAGCAGAUUAAACUAUUAAAUCUACAGAAGCUAAAACUAACUGGGAAGAAGCUUCUUCUGAAGAACCAUUGGAAGAAUAUUUACCAGAAGCAGGGAGAUAUUCACCUAGAGCUGGACAACCUGGAGGGACGGAUAUCCAUGUUUUCCGUUGGCUUAGUUAAGGAAGUACUUCACGCCGUUAAUUUCGGAGAGAAAAGUUUAGUUGAAGGUUUGCUGGAAGAUCUAGGUCCGGUUCUACUUUGCUCUUGCUCCAGACUUAGUACAACAUUUACCUGGACUAGCAAAAUCAACACUGUGUCCGUUUGUGUCGGAGAAUUAGAGAUCAAGUUCGCAAACAUAAUUCUACCCUACAAACCUAAGUUCUCUUUAGUAUUCAAGGGAAACAAUGUUUCGACUCAGAGCCCCAGAAAAACCGCUCCUGGAGAAAGUUCUGAGUCCUGGAUCAAUUUAAUCCUUCAAUUUCCUUCUGGAGCAGAUACGCAGUUUGUUCCACCCAUCUUUUAUAUGAGGUUGGGACACUCGGAUUGUAUUUUCUACCCUGGGAUGGUUCCUCUCAUCCAGGCAAUUUGUGCACCCAACCUUUCCACUGAACCCGGAGCAAGAUGUGAGGAUAGCGGGUUCAGAUCGUUUGACGCAACUUUAAAACAAGACGAAGGGGUUCUGCUUGAAGAAAAUAGAAACUUUGCUCCUGAAAUCUUAAAAAGCACGUUAUUCAACAUUAAGGCUGAACCCUUCAACCUAUAUUUCUGUGAGGAUUUCUCUCUGGCGUUUAGCUCUGAAGAUAUGGAUGAAACCAUCUCUAAACUGAUCACUAUGAAACCUGGACUAGGGAUUAUCAAUGUUGGAUUUCCAAAUAUUGACUGUUUCAACACUAAUGGAUUAGUUGAAGAGGAGAGCUUGCAACAUUUUCCUGUUCUGUUCCCCCCGGCAGUCUGGAUCUCUGGGAAGAAUACUCUUCCUCUCACCCUCAACAUGACAGGGUUUAAAGUUCUCCUAGUCGGAGAAACCACCAGUCUUCUCCCGGUUUCAACAAGGUGUACCCUGAGUAUGAAUAAUUCUGAGAAUAAAUCCUUUGCGUUCGCAGUACAUGCCGAUAUCACCCCUGUACAAUUCAUCCUAGAGGAUAAAACCGUGUGUAAACUUGUCAAUGUUGCACAAACCAUCCAGUCCUUCUCUUCAAAACUCCUGUAUAGUGCGGAUACUGUAGAAGUUGUGAGAACUAAACCUGAUACAUCCUUCGCAAUUCUUCAGCACAGUGUAAGUUCUGUAUCCGAGUCCGUUACACCUGUAACCCAGAGUCAAGGAACUGAACCCUUCCAACCCAUCCGAGAUCAGAGUAACACGUCCGUUUGGCUUCAAUGCACAAUACCUAGCUGCACGUUUUCCCUAAUUUCUCAAUCCUGCACAAAGAUUUCAGUUUGUAUGGAAGACAGCUCGUUAUCCUAUGACUGUCAAGCAACAUAUUCCAAGAUUUCCCUGAGGAUGCGAAGUUUAUCCAGUCAAUCCGAACAAUUGUCUACUAACAAUGAAUGGAGCGUCCAGCCGUUUAAUGAUUUGAUUAUAUCCUGUAACUCUGAUCUGUUCCCAAACCUCGGAGCUCAUAUCCCAGAAAGUGCUCGAGAAGAGGUUUAUCUAGAGGAAGGUUCGGAGGAUAGACAAUCUUUCUCCUCCGGGUUUAUAAACCUUGUUCUGACAAGAGCGGAGGUAAAAAAUGUCCACAGAAAGAUGAAGGUUGGACGGGACGAAGACCUAUUACAGGAUCAAGGAGGACUAAAAUAUCUUUCGGAAAUCGAUCUUGAAGUAUUCCCGGUUGAUGUUUUUCUCACAACGGACGUGUUAGAUAAAUUUGUGAGAUGCUUUCUUCCCUUCACAGAUCUUUUCUCCUCCAACUCCUCUGAGCAUAGAUCUAGUUCCUACUCAAGUUUAAACAAUAACACGCUUCCUCUAAUCUACUUCAAGUCUAAGCGGAGUAGACUGUAUGUUCAUGAUCCUACACUUGAACCUGGAGCUCAGGAUUUCUUCCUCCUGGAGACGGAGAGUGCACGAUUAACCUGUCAGGUGGAAAACCCUCUCUCCAGGAUACUGGUCAAUGAGGAAAUGUACUACUCUGCAGCAGAGGCAGGGUACCUGGAGAUACCGGGUUCAGUCCUGGAGGAUCGUCAAUAUCAGUUGGAUAUCUCAGGGAUUAACCUUCUUACUGGUAGUUGGCAGGAUAUUAUGGCUCUGCGAGAAAGACCGAAUGAGAAGAUUCUAUUGAGGACAAUGUCGGAGAACCCAGCGUUUGAGUGGAACCUGAGAUCCAACCCUGAUAACAAGAAAGAUGACAGUUUUAUUCUCUAUCCUGUUUUUCAUAACGUUAAUUUCAAGUUAAACUUUGCUCCUGCAAUUAUAUACAGUAGACAAAGGAGCAGGAAGAUAGAGGAGUAUCUAGUUGGAGGAAUAUCCCUGGAGAUGAACACCUACUCAGAUAUCAGAUUAUUUAUCAGCCUGCAGCAGAUUAUAUUCUUCAAUUCCAUCCUUGAGCUUAUCAGAGAUUUAUCAAGGUCCUCAGUGUCUCCUGAAACCGUGCCAGUGAUUGAGGAUUAUCCUCCUGAAAUAUCCGUCCCAGCUGAACUUUUGCUAACGUGUAACAGCAUUAAGUUCAUGUUAUAUGAAGAUAAUAAACCCUGCCUGGAACCUCUCUUCAUGACAACGGUGACCCAACCCCAUAUAUUCUCAGUUAUCAGUCCAACUUCGCAGAAGAUAACUCUCUCAUUGUACACCUUUCAGGCAUCAACUCCAACCUUGAACUUGGAUAUUACUAAGAAUACAUUUAUAAAUGAGAGUAUGUUCGGUAACACUAUCCUGGAGUCUAAACCAGUUCCAGCUGAUAUCAUUUCAGGGAUGAGACCUUCAUUUCUUAAUCUAACCCUAGAAGGGUUUCUAAGUUCAAACCUUCUCUUCUCCACAACAUUAGGCCGACCCUUCACUAUCCUACUAGACCCUGAGAAAGUGAAGCUUCUGAACACCGUAAAUAGCAAAUAUUUAAAUUCAAGGAGGAAUAAUGAAGCUAUACCGUUUAAAUCUCCUUACAAACAAAUUCAAUUUCUCUUGUCAACAAACAAAACAGGAUUUGGAUUCUUGUUCAAAACCUCCAAGACAAUGUUGCUUGAACACAGAUUCACUAUAUUAAAAAGCUCCUUAAAGCUAGAUUUCGGAGAGGAGAUAAAUAUAGAGACUAAUCUUGUAUUCCAGCAACUAAGGUCUCUAAUAGAGCUAGAUGGAUUAGUCCAUAGUUUAUUGGAUCCUGUAAACCUUAAUAUAUCUGCUCAUCUAACCUCGGAUCUAGAGUUCCAUCCUCUCAGUGGAACUGUAAUAUUUACCCUGGGAAGAGCAAGUUUUCAUCUUGGUCCUCAUCACUGCUUUGUUUUAGAUCAACUUGCAACCUUGAUUAAGAAUGAGGUUGGAUCAACAUAUCCAGAGAAUGAGAAUAUCCAGGAUCUAGAACCUACUGAAAGUGUUCCCAAGGACGGGGAGUAUUUUACCGACGAUUUGAGACUUGGAACAUUUUCGGUUCAGGAGAAUAAAUCCAGCUCCGAUAUUCCUCUGCCUUACAACGUAAACUACAACAAGAGUUCUCUAACCUGGACAUAUCCUAGACCAAGAGCUCUUACUAAGAUGGCGAUACUUCCACUUCCUUUAACCAUUGCACAAGACGGAUUAUCAGGAGAAGAUUCAGUAGCGUGCCAACUUCAGUUCUGGUCUGGAACUAGAUCAUGUUGGAUGCUCUACCAGCACUUUCAACUGCAAGAAGGGAAUGUUACUCAUCUUGAUCUGCCCCUCUGCACUGAUAGAAGAGGGUGUGAGUUUGCUAAGACCUGGAGGGUUCAGAUGUUUCCUGUUGGAAAUAUACGAGAUGAGAUCCCCUGCAGCCUACUAUCAGCUCUUCGUGUAGACUCGUUCUACUCAUCCUCGAUGCUGCCAAACUUUCAAAUUGUAUUGUGCUCGUCACAUGUAGAUAUUACGCUCCACAAUCAUUUACAUUUUGUAGGAAUUAAACUUGAAGAUGAUUUUAAUGGUUUAGGGUUGGAUACAUCUCUUCCAAAAGAUCAGUCCUUUCUAACAGGAUAUAUAGAGUCUGUUUCUUCCGAGAUCUGUCUCUGGAAUGAAAAAUCUAAUAAGUCCGCAAAACUGAGUGCUCGUGGAAGGGUUGGGGUUCAGUUCACUGAUUAUCUUUAUCUUGCUAAACAUCAUUUCCUCCAACCUUGCGAUGUCUCCUUGAAACUUCAGACCCAGAAAACUUUUCUUGAUGUAUUUACAGAUAUUGGAACUGCGGAGAUGAUUCUUGGUCCUUUCGCAAUCCAUACUCUGUCACAAUCCUUUAAACUAUGGGAACAAAGUUGGAAUAUGUUAGAUAAUCCUACAGCUGAGCUUCCCUUCAUUCCACUGACUCAGAUAAUGAUUGUGAAUGAAACCUCUCGACCCCUACUAUUUGGUCAGGUUGGAACGGAUGAAAAGAUACUAGCAGAGAGUAGAACCUUACUCAUGUACACUUGGAGGUCACAGAAGAGCGCAUCUAUGAUACGAUUGUCCUCUAGCAUGCAUACACUUGCUUGGUCGGACUCUUUCUCCUUGCAACAGGGAGAAUCUUUGAUAAGGUUGGAUGAUAGCAGUCAACUAGUGAUACAGGUUCAGAUGAAGUCCUCAACUCUCCAAGUUGUGAGGUUUAUGGGACUAGUUACUGUCAUUAACCUGCUCCAGGAUCAUAUUGAGCUCAAACUAUUGUCAGAGAACACCGAGGAUCAGAAGCAUGUAGCAGGUAGUUUUGAGAGACCAGUCUCUAUAAUAACUGAACACUCAACUGUGGGACUGAAGUUGAAACUGUUUGGACUGUUUACUCCAUGGUCUGGUGAAAUCAGUUUAAAGAAUCCACGAAAAAGUUCAUUAGUCCGUCUUCCUCAGAGGGAGAAGGGAACUAGUGUAACCAUCUGGUGCAGCCUAUUCAAGGAGAAUAUUGGAGCUAGUACACGAACCCUGGUUGUGUUUAGUCCAAUGUAUAUUGUUCAAUCCUUGGUUCCGGGUCGGCUAACUACACACAUUCAGUGUGAGGAUGUGGAGAGUGACAUUAUCCUACCAGGGUUCAACACAUCUGCUCAGCUAGAACUCCAACAUGCUCCGGAGAAUAAAUUUAAUCUCUGUUUUCAGCUAAGCCCGGACACACCCCCAUCUUCACCUCCUGUCAGUGUAUCCUGGGGUAUAAUUGAUCAGGUCAGAACCUCCAAAUUUGAAACCAGGACCCACACCACCAUGGUCAACGAUAUCAUGAAGAUAAGUCGAUGUAAACUAAACUCAACCAAAGACUUUCGAGACCUAACCAAGUUAAAGAUUGUUGAUCAGUGUGGUUCAGAAUGUCAGGUUAGGUUUGAAGAAAUACAUCCUGCUCUUAACACACUUAAAGUAAUUGUUCAAUCCAAGCUUUUGAUUGUGAAUGAAACUGAGUUAAACCUGGUUGUCAACUCCGGGAAGGACUUCUGGUUUAUGGAUCCUAACUCUGUCCUGCAUCCUCCUCUUCUCAAAUCUGUGUUUAAAUUUGGACUGCUGACAAACAAGGGUGAGGAGUACCUUGGCUCUUCACUAGAAAUCACUGAUCAUGAUUGGACGUAUGUUUCUCUUCUCCCAAACCAUGAGAAAAUAAUACCUUUGUCUGGAAAUAUAAUCUACCAGGUUAAAUGUGGUGAAAGAAGAAUGUUUCUGAAUAUUCAUUCUGAGAUGGUUGAGGGGACCCGCCUAGUUACUCUUCAACCUAUGUUUAUCUUUACAAACCAGCUGGAGACCAGGGUUAGGAUCAAACCUUCAGUUUCGUGCAGGAAAUCUCUCAGUAUUCAAUAUAACACCGAAGAAAGUACAGAAGAGUCUAUACUUGAUCUAGAAUGUGGGAACCAGGAGCAAGGAUUGCUCUGGAACAUUUUUGACAAGGGAAACGCUAAACCUGAGUUUCUCAUCUCGGUUUCCUGCACCGGGAACACCUGGACUAGGAACAUCAGUAUUCCUACGGACUCGGAUAAACGGCAAUGCUUCUGUCUGUCUGGUGAGGAUGUAUCCGCAUAUCCUUGUUUACUGAUUAAUCACAGGCUUGAGGGACAGGUUCACGUAGUUCUACUGAAGGACGAGAGGCCACAGUUUAGGAUUAGAAAUAAGCUCCUGGAAGAUAUUGAGUUCGGAGAAGUAUCUGAGAGUCCUGAAUAUUUGAAAACCGAGCAUCAUGCUUUCUAUACAUGUCGAUAUAUUCAAGACGGAUAUCCUUACGUUAUAGAGGAUCACGAGAAGAAUAGGAUUGCUUUCAGAAAAUUUAAUUCAGAGAAUACCUGGUCACAGAGUGUAGACAUCAGUUUAUCUCAAGAAACCUUCCUUAAUCUCCCUGGAUACGGAGAUAUAAAACUCCGUGUCAACUCCUCUCUCCCUAUAUCGGAAAUUUCUAUCGAACCCGUCUCUAAUAUGGAGAUUUCAGCAAAGGAUAUCCGCGCACGGUUUCAGGACCAAACUGAGGCUCUAGGUACACCUGUUCCUGAACCACUGGAGAUUGAAACUGUCAGUUCAACCAACUCAUUUGUUAUGCUUAAACGGUCCCAGUCCAGUACCCGGAGAACCUCUGUUGACCAUGAACCUAAUCCUAUCAAGGAUGUUCGACCAAUCUUUACCAUGGUUCUCAAGAUGAAGGAGUUCGAUGUUGCAAUAACCGAUGAUUUAUGCAACUUCCCGGAUAUUCAAGAGAUAGUAAGGUUAACUCUGACUGAUACAUCCUUGAAGAUUCUUCCAAAUCUAAUGAAAAUGAUGGAAGGAUCUGAACCUGUCCAGCAGUAUAGAGUACAGUGUAAUAUUGGAGAUCUACAAUUAGAUAAUCAGAUGUAUGAUAGAGGACUUUAUCAAUUCCCUGUAGUUAUCAACAAACCAGAGGGUUCCGAGUCCAGGUUUCUGGAACUAAACUUUACUUUGGAUCAGUCUUCGCAUAAACGAUUCUUGAACAAUCUAACAAUUUCUCUUAGCCCUGUUUGUCUUAACCUAGAGGAUACAUUCUUCUAUGUACUUCAAGAGUACGGAAAACAGUUUGGUAAUAUCGGUACUAGAGAGGUUUCUUCCAUCUCAGGGGUUCUCCCUAUCCAAGUUCGUCUAAACAUUGAGAGUUCUAGAAACCUGAUGUUCCUGGAUAGAAUAUGUAUAAACGAUAUCUACCUUCAGGUUAGCGUCCACGCGUCAGUCAAACUAUUCCUGGGUCUAGAAGAUACAGUUUUAAACUUGGCAAGGUUUGAAAAGGAAAAGCUGUGGUGCUCUGGGUACAGUAUAGGACACACCUUGUCCAGGCAUUAUUUGUCUGGUGCACUGUUUAAGGCAGGUUGGGUGGUGGGAAGUCUUGAUAUGAUUGGAAACCCUGCAGCGUUUACCAGAAAUGUAACAGAAGGAAUCAAGGAUUUUGUUGCUCUACCUUGCGAGGGUAUAUUUAACGGACCCUGGGGGUUCUUAGUCGGACUGACUCUAGGAUCUUCAAGUCUUGUUAAACAUGUCUCUGCAGGAACCCUCACCUCAAUCACCAACUUUGCUAAAAGCGUCUCGAGGAACCUGGACAAGCUUUCAUUCGACAAUGAGCACUGGCAGAGGAACGAAGCGGCCAGAAGACAGAAACCACGAGGAGUGACGGAGGGUGUUAUCUCGGGUCUGUCCGGAAUAGGAGUUAGUGUUCUUGGAGCUAUCGGAGGAAUCGCUCAUCAUCCCAUUCAGAUUCUUAUUAAUGAUGGGGUUUCUCCGAUCAAACUUAUGGGAGGGGUUGGUAAGGGGCUGGUUGGUAUGGUCGCUAAACCACUGGGUGGAGCAGCGGAACUUAUUGCAUUAACAGGACAAGGUUUGUUAGUUGGAAGUGGGUGGAGCAAAGACAGGAAAGCGAUUAAAAUGUGUGUCCCUUCUCUAGUUCUAGAUCUAGUUAGCUCCGAUUUGAAGUUUCAAUGGAAGAUAUCUUUAGCAGAGAGAAUCGUUUGCUCCGUAGAUGCUAGUUUACACAGAGACAACCAGUACAUUGCUGUAACUUGUAUUCUUACUCAUGAUUCUCUCAUAGUGAUGUUAGAAGAGGAGGACGAUGUUCAGCAGAUUCACAACCUGAAAAACCUUUCCUUGGAUAGUUGCAGAGAUGAUCCGUCCCUGACUGUUCUGAAAAUUUACAAAGAAAGAUCGAUCGAAGACUGUUUUAAACCAUCCGACCGAGUUGCACAGUUUGUGUUGGACUCGAUCCAGUUUUCAGGAAACCACUCCGAGUGUUCUGAGAAUGAGAUUGCAAGCUUGAAACCUAUGCUUGAGAUUGAGGAUGAGUUCUUGUUGUACAUCAAUCCAGGACUGUUGGAGUGGUUCUCUCUUUUAUUGGAGAAUACAAAGGAAAACCUGAAAGGAAAUUCAUGAAAACCUACAUUCUGAAACCCUAUUUAUUUUUAUCACCUAGUAUGUCAAGUGCAUGCUCUCUUGUUUUUGUCUUGAUUUUUUAAACCCAAUAUUUACACUCAUGUGAUAUCCUCACCAACUGUGAUUGAUUUUAUAUAUAAUAUUAUUCAAAGAUCAAAAAAGUUUAUUAUUUGUUU